UUAACCUUUUGUGCUUUUUGUAUCUCAUUUCUUAUCACAGAAAAAAGUUGAUGCCAUGAAAUUGGAGAUUGAGCUUGAACAGGCUAAACUUCAAGAUCAACUCACACGACAUGUGCAAGUUCUGAAUCUUGUGAAACGGAACAAGCGGAGGGAAGCUAAAGAAGAGGAGCGUGCAGAGCGUAGACGACUACGGAAGGAGAGGCGUGCUCGAGCCACGGAUGAAGACCAAGCCAUGACCGAUGUAGGACCACAGGGCUCAAGUGAUCUCAAUGAAGAGGUGCAACGUCGAUCAGAGCGUCACCGACGUCAUCGGUCUCCUCGUCAUACCUCUGGAGAUGCUACUGCCAAUGGUGUUGAUGCAAACGGUUUAGAUAUAGAAGAAGAGGAUGAAGAAGCCAGACAGAGACGCAAACAGGAGCGACGCGAAAGACGUGAGCGCAAGGAGAGAAGAGCACAACGCAGGCGUGACAGGGAGCAGGAGAGACUUCCUCUGCCUAUGGUUGUGGUGCGUAUGCCUGGAUAUGCUGGCCAGAGCUCUGAUUCUGAAUCGAAUAUUUCGGUUGUACGCCGUGUUCGCGAAGAACAGAAGCCCAAGAGAGGGUAUGUAAUUUGGCAUGCUUUCUUUUUUUUUUAUAAAUUUCCUUUAGAUGACCUUAAACUAAAACAUUCUUUUUUCUUUUUAUCAAUAUCCAUCUAUAGCUCCAAGAGCAAACGUCGUUGUGAGUCAACUGGCCAGGAAAUAACCAUGGUUGAGAUCCAAAUUCCUCAGCAAGAUGAACUGAGCAUUAUCUCUGACACUGAAAUCCUUGGUGAUCUUGGUUUCAACACUGUCACGAUGGAUGAACUGGAAACGAUGCUGCCCAAGAACUUGAUUGACGCUGUCAAGUACACAGUCAAUUCCGAGGAACGCCACAAUCGGUCGCCUCGCGGUCAUAGGCGUAUGAGAGCUUCUGAGGAUAUGCUCUUGUCAGCCGCAGCAGCUUCUGAUACAACCGAUGGUGAUUCGACCAUGACAGCAACAGAUGGUGAUGCAGACAUGAUGUCUGGUCCCACGUGUAUCACUGUUCGAGGUGGAUUUGAGCGAGAGAUUGUGCGCGCAGCUAGUGAAGGUGUUUCUGCCUCCUCUUAAUAUUUCUUUUAUUUUUUUUUUUUACGCAAAUGUUAGUCUUUUCCGGUUUUGAUGUUUUUUUAUGUACAAUAGUCCAUUAUAUGUAAAAUAUGAUUUGCCAAUACAAUUUUCAAUCUAAGACAACUUGACUGAAUGAAUCGAUGACAUGUAUCAGGGCAUCAACCAAGACAGCCACAUCUAAUAAACAUCGGACAGCAUCUCUUGGUGGCAACG